AUGACUCCCCCAGCUCCGAAGGCGGGCGCAGCGCUCGGACCCGCGGGCACGGCAGCAGGCUGCGCGAUCACGUUUCAGGUUCGCGUGGAGACGAGCUUCGGCAGCUCCGUGGUGCUAGUCGGUAGCAGCGAGGUUCUGGGAAAGUGGGAGCUCCAAAGCGGCCUGACGCUGACGACGACCCCAGACACGUACCCGCUCUGGACCACAGGGCCCAUCACUUGCCCAAUCCCAACGAAGGACGAGCCUGUCCAGUACAAGUACGUCCGCGUGUGGCAGGACGGCAGGGUCGAGUGGGAGGCGGAGGGGGGCAACCGCGCCGUCGUGGAGUCGAUCUCUGAGAGCGGCUUCGUGGUAGACGACGGGCACUUCGGCUACAUCCAGGCGGGCUGCUUCGCCUUUCCCAACGGCCAGCCGCCCGUGCCGCCAGGCACCUGCGCACCCCGAUCGACGGGCCCGGUCUCGCUGAGAGCGGUGGUGCUCGGCGACGCGGCCGCGGCCGGGGCGGGGGCGCGCUCCUGGGAGGGCUGGGCCGCGAGGCUGGGAGCGGCCUUGAGCCAGACGUACGGCUACGGCUACGCCAACGCAUCGGGCAGGGGCACCGGGCUGGACGCGGCGCUGGAGGUGUUGCGGGCGCACGUCCGCGAGCAGAAGCCCACGGUGGUCGUACUGGCCUUUGGGCUGGAGCUCCAGGCCCUUGUCCAGGGCCCGGACCACGAGGCCAGCGAGGCCAUAGCACGCUUCUGUGAGAAGCUGGACGGUCUUGCCCAGGCAGCCCUGGACAGCGGCACCUUCCCAGUCCUCGGCGGCAUCUACCCCCACGCGAACUGCAGCCCAGAGCAGGAGUGGCGCCUGCGGCAGGCCGAGGAGGCCAUCGACGGCCUCGGCCUGCCCGUGCUGCGAUGGCUCUCCGCGGUCAGCGCCAACGGCAGAACCUGGGACGACGGCACCUCCUGGACUCCUGCAGAGCCGAACACGGAGGGCCACAGCCGCAUGGCCGCCGCCAUCGACCUGGCAAUCUUCGAGCCGUCGGGGGUGCUGGCGUCUCUGGCCGCCAAGAGCAAGGCGAUCCUUGCCAUGGAGCCGCGGGUCUGCUUCAGCGACGGCAACGGCUUCGUGGUCAGCUACUGCGAUGCCCGCGGGGAGCUGUCCGUCAAGAAUGCGACGUCCAACGAGUACCAGCUCUCAGCUGGCUGGGCCGCCAUGUGCGAUUCACUGCGUGCUACCAAGCGACAGGCUCCAUGGUCCCUGCGCCCAGGACUGUACAUAGCGUGCGCGAGCGAGGGUCCAGACGAAGGCCCAGCGAGCAUCACACUCGGUGUCAGUGGCAAGAUGGAGACGGAGGCGAAAGUGCCGGCGGGAUGGUGUGCGACUUUGCGGCCAGUGGCCAAGUUUUUGGAGAGCGAAUUCGAAGGAAAUAUGCUCUUCAACGAUGGCAACUUGGCCGUCGUCCACGAGAGGACAGGCAGCCUUGUUCUUGUCAACCAGGCUAGGUGUGAGUACAACGUGCAUCCGAUGUGGAACGACGUCCGUCUUGCCACCCGGGUGGUACCAGAGGGUAUCUACGAGGACGACUCGGAUUGCCCUUUCCGCACGGCAGUGGUGUCGAUACAUGGUCUCCAGUCUCGUGUGAAGGUGCCCGCAAAGACAGCGAUACGUUUGCGUUUCAAGGGGCCGUUGAGCAGUGUGCCGCGCAUCGCCGUCCUUCCCUUGGGAGACCGCUGUUCCAUACGAAUGCUCUUGCAUAAGGUAGAGUAUGAUGGCCCGUGCUACCCCUUCGACUUGACACGCACUACAGCGCUGUCAGAUGUUGCCGACAUGAUCGGCUCGGGCUUCACAGAGAUGUGGAACCAGGGCUGCCUCGUGUGGAGCGAGGAGAACGGCAGGGUCUACCACACGAGAUGGGGGGGCCUUUCCUUCGCGCACGAGGUUGAACCAGGUGAGGAUCCGCAGCAGAACUUCAACCCCAUCGCCGAGCGCAUGAGAAAGCGCUACUCGGGGCGCUCCGCGCGCUUCGACUACGCCUGCAAGCACGCCGACAGAGUGAUGUUCAUGCGAACAGGCUGCGCAUCCCGCGACGAGGUUUGCGACCUACUCUCGCGCGUCCAGCAGCGGUACCCUGGGCUGAAGGCCAGCCUCCUGCUGAUCUCCGAUCAGCCCUCCGAGGAGUUUGCGGACCUCGCGCACGUGUCCCACGUGCGGGAGCAUUUCGACCCAGACAGGAUGUACGAGGACUUGGGUUACUGGAUGGAUUGCGCCCAUCGGUUCCGUGGCAUCCUUCACCAGCAUGGCAUCACAGAGAGGACGCUCUACUGGUGCCCCAACAACCUGGCAGAGGCGGAUCAGGAGAUCCAGGGCGGCUCCCUCGCGAAGGCGGGCGCGCAGCCCGGCGCGGCGCCCCCGAGGGCCAUGGGCGACGUGCGCACGCUCUCGCACUCGAGGCUCUACGAGCCGCAGCCCCCCCACGCCGGCCCGGCGCCGAGGCCGCCACCGCCCGGCAGUCGGGCCUCCGCCCCCGUGAAGGCGUCCUGA